AUGUCCAAACGUAAGCAUAACACAUCAACAGUAUCUGAAAAAUUAAAGCUUCUAUCAGACUAUGAUUGUGGAAAGUCGCGUGAUAAACUGUGUGCGGAGUAUAAUGUACCAAAAUCGACCUUGUGUAGAAUUAUUAAAAACAACGAGAAUAUUCGGUCUCAGUAUAUUGACGGAAAAGGGAAGCUUAAACGAAUAAGAUCAGCAGAGCAUUCUGAACUCGAAAAAUGUCUUUCGACGUGGAUGAAGCAGGUACGGAAUAAUAACAUUCCAAUAAGCGGACCAAUGAUUAAAGAAAAAGCUCAAGAAUUUGCAAGUAAGCUCCAUAUCAAUUUUUCUGGCAGUAAUGGAUGGUUAGAGGGGUUUAAGAAAAGAAACGAUAUAGCAUUUAAAAAUAUUUGUGGUGAGAGCAAUUCUGUGGACAACAAUGAAUGUAGUGAGUGGAUUAAAAACCUUCCAGUUUUAUUACACGAUUAUACUCCCGAUGACGUAUUCAACGCCGAUGAAGCAGGCUUAUUCUACAAGUGUCUACCGGAUAAAACGUUUACGUUCAAAGGUCAGCCUUGCCAUGGUGGCAAAUUGAGUAAAGAUCGGGUUACUGUACUUGUGUGUGCAAAUAUGUCCGGAAAUGAAAAACUGCCACUUCUCUUAAUUGGAAAAUCUAAGAGCCCAAGAUGCUUCAAGGGUAUCAAGACGUUGCCUGUUAAUUAUCAAAAUAAUAAAAAGGCCUGGAUGACUUGGUUGAAAAAAGUUAACGCCGAUAUGAGGGCCCGAAAACGAAAGAUAGUGAUGUUUGUCGACAAUUGCACAGCUCACAACAAUAUGCCAAAAUUGGAGUACGUUAAAUUAUUGUAUUUACCCGCUAAUACAACAAGUAAAUUGCAGCCCAUGGAUCAGGGUAUUAUCAACAACUUCAAAGUGUACUACAGAAAGGAAGUUGUGCAAUAUGUUCUAAAGUCUAUAAAAGAUGAUAAAAGCCCUGAAAUCAACAUACUACAGGCCAUGAGUUUUGCAAGAAAAGCUUGGUUUUCAGUUAGCAAAACCACAAUAAGUAAUGGUUACAAAAAAGCUGUAUCUGAAUGUAUCUGA